GCAACUCCACCGCAAAGAGGCACGCCAAUAACAGCCGCAGAUCUCGAAGUACAGCUGCGGGGAGAGUCAACUGACCAGCUCAAGCCUGGCCGGAUUUAUGGAGGAUCCAGCUCUCGGUCGAGAUGUUCAAGCAGGAAGCGCCGCAGCAUGCCCCGUCCGCAGAAGUCCAAGUCCACCGAAUCCACCAGCUCGCGCGUCCGCGCUGGCAAGGCGUGCCAGCGAUGUAAUCAGAAACGCAUCAAGUGCGAUGCGAUGUUUCGCACGCCCUGCGCAAACUGCAUGCGCUCGGGAGUGUCCGAGUGUGUCCUUCGGCCAACACGCCGGGGGACAUAUAUCCGGAAGAGACAUGAACGGGGUCCAUGCAAGGCCAGGGAAAAUCUCACAGUCCCUGACCAAGACGGAGAGGUCCACGGCGACACGUCAGCUGCAGACCCCAACGUGGCUGUAUUGGGGUCGCCUGCGUCUCAUCUGGAAUCCAGCACUGAUUCCCUAGAACAUGUCUCAUAUGCUGAUGGCGGUGGCUAUAGCGACAUAUCAUGGUCGGCCAUGUUCGACCACUUCGUCAGUGCCAGACGCGGUGGGCAAGAGUCUAUGGAUAAGUGUUCAAUCACAUACUUGGGAGAGUCGUUUCCACUGGCCAUCGUCCUCGAAGAUCUUAAUGAGGGCGACCGCUUAAAGCUGCACCAUCCUGGACCUCCAUUCCCAGCCCAGAAGACCCCGUCGCAUGUGCAGUCUGAGGACCUGGAAUGUCUCAAGUGCAAAGGUGUCUUCGAUCUUCCAAACAAGACGCAGCUAGAUGCUCUAAUGGCGGUAUUCCUGGACCGCGUAUAUCCAGCAUACCCGCUUGUCAACCGCCAGGAACUGAUAGCACAGCACGCAGCUGGCACGGUGCCCUUGAUACUCCUGCACUCAGUCUGUUUCAUGGCUGCGACAUUCUGCCCGCUUGAUCUACUGCUUCAAGCUGGGUAUAGCUCUCGCCGAGAGGCGCGCCUUCGCUUCUACACCAAGGUCAAGGCACUAUUUGACUCCGGCUACGAAAUAAACAAAAUAGUCAUAUUGCAGAGCUCCAUUUGCAUGACAUUCUGGGGCGGAGGGCCCAACAACUACUGGAACUUCUACUCCUGGCUGAGCACCGCUGUCACCAUUGCAGAGGGCAUUGGCAUCCACCGUUCCUUUGCUACAACCAACAUCCAGCCGCAAGAUCAAAGCCUACUGCGCCGCAUCUGGUGGAUUCUGGUCGUUCGCGAUACUACCUGCAGCACCUUGGUUGGUAGGCCGUUUCGUAUUGACGUUGACCAGGCCGAUACGGAGAUGCUCACUCUGGAGGACUUUUUGCAUGAUGUCUCCGCGGAUGUUCUUCUAGAUAACGUUCAGUGCACAUACGCGCAGUACCAGAUCCAGAUAUCGAAGCUUUGCCUCAUUGUACGUGACAUCGUGAUGAGCCGGUUUGCGCCAGGGCGACCUCGAGUUCCCCCAGCAGAGCUGCACCAGCGACUCAACGUCUGGCGAGAUUGCCUUCCAGCUAUUCUAUCAUGGACUGAUGAUUUCGAUGCUAAUUUUUCAAACAUGGGCCCCUUUACCAUGACUCUCAUGGCACAGUAUUACGACCACAUUCUACUACUGUAUCUUGGCCAGAGCCCUCUAAAGGAUCGAGGCGCACGACUAGACGAGGAACACCCUGAUAUCGAGGACAUCACCGAUACAGCAGCACAGAAGAUAUCAUCCGUAGCGUGCACAAUGGUCACCCGGUCCCUGACCCUGCUGAUGCCACAUGAGUUCUUCCACGCUAUCUUCCCAGCGCAAGCAACCUUCUACACGAAACUCCGUAGCCCGCAGAAGCUCGUCACCCAGCUCGGUCGUUCUGCGUUGAAUAACUGCCAGAUGGUGCUGCAUAGCUCGUACGACUGCUGGGACCCGAGUCCGUGGAUAAUGCAGCUGUUCAAUGGGCUUUCUAGUCGGCUAGCCGAAGGAACUGGAUCUUACUCUACGACAGCCCCAAUAGACUCGACGCCUGAGGCAGGGAUAUUCAAUGCGUUGCUUGGAGAUGAGCCAUGGCAGAGUAAUCCCAUGCUCUCGUCGCUGUUCGAGAUGCUACUCGACCUGUUCCUACCACAAUGAACGUGCCAACUCAACGAUGAAUCAUACCUGGGCGAAUCGAAGCGUUACGAAGGGAUGCAACGCCAGUGAAGAUGAGAUCGCACGCUGCAGUAAUCAUGGCAAUUUAUG